GUCUUGGCCUUGUUCGAGGAUGGAGAAGAAACAAUCACAGCCUUUGUGGAGCCUUUUGUAAUCUUACUCAUUCUUAUAGCCAAUGCCAUAGUGGGUGUGUGGCAGGUGAGCAACUAACAUUACAUCAUUUAGACAUCUUUUACAGUAUCUUCAAUGUCAGUGUGGAGCUGCAAUGUCAAUGACAAAGUAUUCAGAAACUAUUUUUUUGGUGCAGGCUGUGGAAAGGAAUACUUCUACAGCUUGUAUGCUGCUAGCUAGUGACUAUAGGCGAAACAGGCCACCAUAAAGAGUUACAGGUAGGAGUAUCCACAAGUCUCAUACAUUCUGCUUCUUGGUCAUAUGCCCGUUUGAUGCUUUACUCUAUUUAACAUGCUUUUCAAUGGAAAGUAGAAGUGGGUCAUUGACUACAUUUGAGACAGUUUAGAUGAGACCAAAGAAAAGUGACAACCCCUCCUCUCGCCCAGCCUUGACAUGUCUGUUGCUUUGCUGAUGUUUACACACAGUGGUCUCUUAGACAUUCUCUAAUCCAUAUUUGCAGUCAGCCUGUAGCAGCACAACUAGGCUGUAUGCUCCCUUAGGAUGUAUUAUUUCUGUCUAAACUCAUGCAUAUUUCUGGCCUGCAUGAGUUUGUCCAGAAGAACUAGGCUACAUUUCCUCAGCAGUCUGCCUUCAACAUAGAUGGCAUGUUUGUGAGCAAAUGGCCUUGAACAUUUGAAUCCAAUCCAUAAAGCAUUUAUGUGCAGCCAAAGAACGAGCAUAAAAUAUUGGCAAUCACUCUGUUUCAAACAACAAGUUGAUAGUUGUUUUUUUUACUCAGUUUAGAUGGCCAAUUUAUAGUGUCAGAUAGAACUUCUGUCACGCUGGUUGACUUUGCUUACACUGCCAGGCAGCUCCUAGGAGGAAUGUUCAUUAAGCCAAGCUAGUGCGUGCAAUGGAGUAGACUCCAACAUUAACAUUUUAGUUAUUUAGCAGACGCUCUUGUCCAGAGCGAAUUACAGUUAGUGAGUGCAUACAUUAUUCUUUUUAUUUUUUCAUACUGGCCCCCCGUGGGUAGCGAACCCACAACCCUGCCGUUGCAAACGCCAUGUUCUACCAACUGAGCUACGUCCCUGCCGGCCAUUCCCUCCCCUACCCUGGACGAAGCUGGGCCAAUUGUGCGCCGCCCCAUGGGUCUCCCGGUCGCGGCCGGCUACGACAGAGCCUGGAUUCGAACCAGGAUCUCUAGUGGCACAGCUAGCACUGCGAUGCAGUGCCUUAGACCACUGCGCCACUCGGGAGUACUGAGUACCAAGCUCUGUCCCCGUAGCCCUAAAUUACCAUGCUCAACAGAAAAUGAUAGGCUCUUUAUUAACUGAUAUCAAUCAAUCAAAUGUAAUUUAUAAAGCCCUUUUUACAUCAACUGUUUUCACAAAGUGCCAUACAGAUACCAAGCCUAAAUCCCCAAAGAGCAAGCAAUGCAGAUGCAGAAGCACUUAUAUGUUGAAGCUGGUCAGGAAAUGUGGACUUUAGGACCAAGCAUUCUAUUCCUCUAAGUUAUUGAGUAAACACAAACAUGACUUUCGCACAGUGUGUGAAUUUUCUUAUUUAGCUGCUGUUCUCAUAAAUGUGUCUUUCCCUAUGACACAGUGUUAACAACUUACACUUCUGUUUUCUUAAGCAUAAUCAGUACAGAAAUUGACUAUUUUCUGAAUUGAAAAUAUGCAAAGGGAAUCACCUGGUCAUGCACUAGCUCUAAAAAUAUUUCCUGCUGUCUAUGACUGUGGUUACAUUUUGCCAGCCCCAUCCAUCAGAAUUAAUGAAACAAAACUGCAUGGUUAGGCUGUUGAAGUGACAGAUUGUGCCUUUUAAAAGAAGUCACAUAUCUGCAGUUUGUGGGAUGGUGAAAAGUCAAAUAGGCUUAUUUGAUUUUAAAUCUAUAAUGUCAUCAGAUCAUCUAUUUCAGUAUGUAAUAUGUAACCACACAGUCAACAUUUCUAAUCUACACAGGAACGCAAUGCUGAGGAUGCCAUUGAAGCCCUUAAAGAGUACGAGCCUGAGAUGGGCAAGGUCUACCGCCAGGACAGGAAGACUGUUCAGAGGAUCAAGGCCAAAGAAAUCGUGCCUGGAGACAUUGUGGAGGUUGCUGGUAAGUUGGCCCUGUCUUUCUCAGUGCUGUAG